CUCAUAACAGUCAUAGCUCUCAACCCAUUGACGUCCCCAUUAAGACACAAUAGGUCCGACAAGAUCAACACAAAACCCCAUAGCCCAAAAAAACACCCAAAAUAUCCUCAUUUUGGGGCCCAUUUAGAUGUUUGAGGGAAUCUCUAACUUUGGAUCGCAAAAUUGACCAUGGCCACGAAACAGCCCACUCCCCGCCAGCUGGCCUACCUCGACGAACUGAAGAUGCGCCUGCAGGAGCUUCGCGAGCGGCAGGCGAACUUCAUGGAGCAGACGGCCAAGAUGCUCAGCCGGAUGAGCUCCUCCAACGUGGACGCAGCGGAUGCCCAGGAGGUGGAAGCUGAUCCACCGGAAGGAAGUGAGGCGGCGAAUCCUUCAACGGGUGUUGGUGCCGGGGCCACCAAGGGAUCCAAGGGCAAUCUGAACAUCAAGCAGCUGAUCCAGCGCUUCGAGGAUCUGCGCAAGACCUCGCAGGAUUUUGGCGACAUGCCCGAGGUUCCCGAGGAGCUGAUAAACGUAGAUGUGCGCCGUAUUCUAAAUGGCUAUGAAAAACUCAUCGAGGAGGGCAAUGUUCUCCAGCAGUCCUGGUUCCUGCUCAAGAAGACCACGGAGAGUUGUGCCCGAUUCGCCACCGCCAACGGUAUGAAAUCGGAGGAACGUCUUCCAUUGAAGGCAAACUCGGGAAUCAUUGAGGUCUCCUAUGUGGUACCAGAACGCAGUCCUCAGGUGGUUAGGUUACCAAGGGCUAAGGCAUCGGCAUCGCUGCACUCGAAUGUGGUGACCAGCUCAGAGGUUGUGGACAAGGAAGGCGAGGUAUACGGCCCGAAAGAUGCCAAGUGGAAGGGCAAUGCUCGGGACUAUGGUCAUGCCCGCUGGGGAGCCUUUAUGCAGUUGAUCAUACGCCUCCUCCAUCCGUUCCAUGGCUGCGGAAAGAACAAGAAAAAUCCAGCCCAGAACUCCUCCGAUGUUCCCCUAGCCAGCCACCUGCCGGAGAAGAAGCCCAUCCACUAGGUCUUUUCAAGAGCCAACUACAGCCACACACACAAAAUGCACAAGUGAAGAUCCGAACUAAGCCAAGCCAAUCCCCACAUAAUCCAACUAAAAAUAAUCCAAUAAAACCGACCCACACCCA